AUGCCAACGCUCGAACAUAAAAGAUUCUUGCGAGAUGUGCGUAGCGACAAGAUCAAGCAGAUCUUCGUACUCGUCACAGAGGACGAGUACGUCGCCGAUAUUCGGUCGGCACAAGUGUUUGCUGAGAACGAACGGGUUCUCAGUAGCUCAUCGAUGGACGAGAGUGUCCUCGAUGAGAAGAUCCGGAUUGAGCGAUACACGUCUCAAAUUGGGAGUAUUUGA